AUUAAGAGUAAAUAGGGUCAGGGCAAGGCCUUUGCUGAUCCAAGAGCUACGAAACGCAUAAGAAACACAAAACGGCUUCGACGAAACAAAUCAUUUUCUUCGCAGCGGCUAACUGUUGAACGUUAUGCAUUUCUAACUGCGAUGUGCUUCUGAAGGCCAUCGUCUCUACCACAGGAAGCUGACAAUACUGUGCCCGCCGCAAACCACACGUCCUGCAUCCUUCUGAACACUUUGUUCACAUCGAUAUUUAGAGGCGUGGGAAGGUGCACGGAGAACGAGUGCACGAUAAUGGAAGAUAAGAGUUUUGAAGAAGAGUUCACUUGCCAAAAAGCAUAAAUUACUGAAGAUGAUUUGAGAGAGGAAGUUCUGGUUUCCUAUCAGGAUGAGCACCAACAGCUCCAGCCUGGUUCACGAAGCACUGGCUCUUCCUCUGGUGCUGGUCAUCUUCCUCACGAUGAUUGGCAACCUGCUGGUCAUCUUGGCUAUCGUCCGCACCCCUCUGCUGCACAACACCACCAACGUCUUCAUCCUCUCCCUGGCCUUCGCUGAUCUCAUCAUGGGUUGCAUCGUCCAGCCUUUAAGCGCUAACAUGGUGAUGAGGGGGAAAUGGCUUUUAGGUGAUACCUUUUGCGACUUGUGGACGUCUGUGGAUGUGCUUUGUGUCACGGCCAGCAUCGAGACAUUGUGCGUCAUCGCCGUCGAGCGCUAUGUUGCGAUCACAAGACCUUUUGAGCAUAAGGUCCUGUUUAAAAAGCGCAGGGCUGGCUACGUCGUCUGCAUGGUGUGGAUGGUGGCGUCCCUGGUUUCCUUCGUGCCGAUCAUGAACCAUUAUUCUCGUGCAAAUGAUGAUGAGGCAAAAAGCUGUUACAAUAAUACAGAUUGCUGUGAUUUCUACACAAACAACACCUACACCAUCUUCUCCUCGGUGGUGUCCUUCUACAUACCCCUCGUUAUUAUGGUGUUUGUGUACGGGAAGGUGUUCGUCAUUGCUAGCAGACAGCUGAAACUCAUCGAUAAAGACCGACUCCGCUUUCUGAGCAAAAGCGAAGACUCUCAUGAAAAUCCAGGUGAAACGGUAAGGAACUUGAGCCGGAGAUCAACGAGGCAUGUCGUGAAAGAACACAAGGCGCUCAAAACGCUGGGGAUUAUUAUGGGUACCUUCAUUCUCUGUUGGCUGCCCUUCUUUUUCUUAAAUAUCUCAAAGGUUUUUGCUCCUUCAGUGGCAUCACAAAAUGUGCUCCUCCUGUUGAACUGGCUCGGCUACACAAACUCAGGCCUGAACCCAAUCAUCUACUGCCACAGUCCAGAGUACCGUACCGCCUUCCUCAAUCUUCUAGGGUACAAAAAACUCAUACGGCUGAAUAGCGACACAGUGCGCAAACAUUUAUGGACCCUCAGCUCAUACACCAAAAGCAACAUUUCUGUUAAAGUUGAUUGCUUAGCUCAUGAAGAUCCGUCUGUGAAGGGUGGGAACGUUUGCUCUGACACGUGUACAGUUUUCAAAGAAGAAGAGAUGGAAAAUCAGCCUCACGGUGACUCAAAUGGAUCGGAUGUAGCAGAGAUAUUAAAGGUAAGUGUGUCUUUAAUGUAAAUGAACCCUCAAACCAGGUUGGUGAGAUUUAUUAUUCAAGUGAUUGGAUUUUACCGUAAGGAUGAACACUGAAACCACCAAGAUGUACUAGCAACAUGUUAGAAACCAUAAAGCUAUGCUUUGAUAACAUUCACAACACCUAGAAUAAUGGCACUGAGCACUUAAAUUCCUUCACAUUUACUUAUUUAGCAAUUUCCCCUAUUUCUUACAAAUUAAAACAUUUAUAUAUUUUAAAGCUCCUUUAUACUGCCAGAGAACACAGCAGGAUAUUCAAGCUUCAAUAAAAACGCUUUCACUGUACUAAAGCCAAAGGCAAUGAUUAAUACAAUUAUUUGGAAUAUAUUAUGAAAAAUGUACAAUAAUUUCCACGCUAUUCAUUGCUGAGGAAGUACACGGACUACAGUUUGAAAACCUGUAAAAACGUUUUCAUUUUUUUUUUCAUUCUUUUCUUCAGCUUUACAGCAGAACUGAUCUUUGAAAAACAUUAUUUUUGUGUUCAUCCACGUAAAGCUCCUUAGAAACAAUCUGAAUUGCAUAAGCGCUAUAUAAAUAGAUUACUUGUCAGAUGCUUUUAUGCUAAGCAAGUAACACUGAAAGCAAUUUAUCAAAAUAGCCAAUAAUAUAUGUACAAAAAUACCAAGUUUUAAGCUAGAACAAAAAUGAAAUGCCAGAAAAAAAAUUGUCUACUAGACAGGGCUUAAGCGCUUGCAUUUUCUUUAGAUCACCUAGACCAAUCGGAAUAUCGUUUAAUGAGAACUCAGAUGAUACUAAAGACAAAAAGCUCUAACAAUCAGGAUCUUUGAGAAAGCCACAUGUGAGAAACUCCCAUGCCUACUAUUUCCAUGUAGCUGGUGAAUGCGGUUUGUCAGCUUAUCGUGCUCGUGUUCAGACUGAAGCAUUUCAGUGUCUCGCUAAACUUCCUGUUUAAUAAAGGCCAUUGACUCUGCACAGGAAUCGAUACCUCUGCCUCAAACAAAAAAAGAUUAGUGUGACUGAAAUUAAAAAUCUACAUUUGAAUUCAAAUUAAAAAUUAUGUGGUCACGUUCAGUCAAAUGACAUGUUUAAUAAUAAUAAUAUUAAAAGAAUAAAGAUAUAUUUAAAAAUGUGCUGAUGAUUCCAAACUUUAUAAUGAAAGUGAAUAGGUGUGAUUUUGAAGUCCAAUAAUAAAAUGCAUCCAUCCAUCAUAGUGCUUAGAACUGAUGUGUUUGUGUAUGAAAAAAAUCAUAUAUAUAUAUAUAUAUAUAUAUUUUAGAAAUAUCCACGUGCCAUUAUCCUACAUCUGCAGUACUAAACAGGAAUGAUGAUUACACAAAAUAGGACAUAAAUCUACCUCAGAGGAGCAUCCUUGCCACUUAACCACAAGCAGUACUGAAUUACGCCUUCAUUUCCAUGACGUGCCCCCAUUUUGCAUUUUAUUUCUAUCUUAAUAGACAUGAGAGCUACUGAGCGAGACCGAACCUCUUUUCUGUUACCCUUAUCCUUUUAAACUGCUUUAGGAUGAUAUCAGACCCUCAAAACUGAUUAGCAUCGACAACCAAUCAAUUCAACGUAUUCUUGAGAGUCGGCAGAGAUGUCCUGAAGUGUAUUUUGUGAGCAUGUACGCGUGAAUACUUAGGUGGGAAGCCCAGGGGUUUUAUUAGUCAUUACUUCAUCAGUGUGGACAGAGAUAAGUGAUAAGCGCGCCAUGAAGUGUUAUGAUUGAGGCCUUGAGUUCACGCUGAUCACGUGCUAUAUCUGAUUACUAUAUACGCUUAACCACGUUCAUCUAAGCAUUUGAUCCGCGUUUUUUUUUUAAUGAGCCAAGAAUCAGCCAUUUGUGAAUCGUUUAGAGCUGAUGUUAUAGAGGUGACAAAAAAAAUCAACAGUGAAUAAUUUAAAAUAAUUUAAUAAUAUAAGCCUGUUUUCAGCACAGAUAAGAAAUGUUAUCUAUUAUAUGUUAUGUAAAAGCAGCAAAUCUGCAUAUUAAAAUAAUUUCUGAAGGAUCAUGCGACACUAAAGGCUUAAGUCAUGACGCUGAAAAUUCAGCUUUGCCAUCACCGGAAUAAAUCACACAUAUUUCGUAUUUAAAAAGAAAACGGUCAUUUUAAAUUGUAAAAAAUACAGUAUUUUUGUCAAUAAAUGCAGCCUCGGUGAGAACAUUUUUAGAUAUUUUAGAUAUCAUUCAUGUCUCUUUAAACCUCUGACCCUGGGAAUGGCUUUCGUAAGCACUACUAAUUAAAGUAAGUGAAAAACUAAGUGAGCAGUACAGUACACACAGAGCAGAAUGUGGCAUAUUACUUCUGGUCUGGAUCAGUAUGGUUCAGUUUGUGGUUGUUUUAAUCAAGAACAUAGCAUCUUAUGCCACAGGGGAUUGGACGAUGUAGCGUACGUGAAUCUCGUGUACUUCUGAUGAUUGAAAGGAACACUUUGAGACGCUGCAGACGCAAAAACAUCUGAGAAACAUUUCAGCAUAAUCCCCCUGAUGUCACGUGCGAUGAUAGAAAAUACAUACUGUGCGUAAACAACGCACUGAUACACGUACCAGAGCACACAGAAACACAAGCACUGGCUGUCUGUUCUUUCCAGCUCAAAUGUCUAAUGAUUUCAUAAUUAUUUUUUUCUCCCACAGGGCCACUGAAGAUGGGAAACAGAUCGUAUGCUUUUCAAAAGAAUUAACUGUACUCGAACGUCAUGCUUUUCAGCUGGACCUUUCCUGGGCACAGGACAAACAGCCAAGCUUCUACUAAAUUAUAUUGAGAACAAACCGUGACGUAAAAAUGAUCAUGCAGUGACGGCUUUUUGAACGUUACACGAACCCGAAAUUAGAAACUAAACUGGCAUCUCUUUACAUCACACGCUUUAUUUCUGCUUUUUCUGCUUCAAUCACUACCUAGAGCUAAAUUGGAAUGCUUAACGGAUACGUUCAGUGUCCGAAAUGUGAGUAAAAACUCCCUUUGGUGAUCGAAUAAAUAAGGAAGCCUCUUGCCUGUUGGCCGGAAACAUUAUUAGGAACAUACUCGUGCACAGCAGAGGCGUUUGUGCUGCUGCUGAAAAAAGGCAUGACAUUAGAACUGCGAGAAAAAUUGAAAUUAAAAAGUCGCGACUAUCUUUCUUAUCCCGGGGUGGAAACGAGCUUAAACUGAAAAAGAAAACUCAAUUCAAACCGUCUACCUUAACUACACACAUCCAACUUUGUAAUGAACCUCUAGAAUAUCUGGCCAACAACAGACAAAAUAUAAUCCACCCCAGUUGCAGUUUCGUGACUGGAAAUAUUUAUGGCCAUUAUCAGGUGCGUUAACGCAUUAAUUUUGGACUCCAUUUUUUUCAUAUUUCAGAUUUGUGUCACACAUCUGUUAGAUUUCAACACUUCAACAUCAAGCACGCAGCCCAGACUAGCUUAUAUGGCUUAUAAAUAUGCGACUCGACAGCCAAACAAUUCAUGACACUGAACGGUUGCAUGUCUGAGCGUUUGGUUUGGGACACUGGUGUUUUGAUAAAAUGUUAAUGCAUCGAGGCAUCAUGCGCUUCGAGCCGAGGACGAUCUUCUGAUCAAAGCACUGCGAGUUGCCUUUACUUGCUUCUUUGAUCCUGACCGCGUGUAACUUUUAUUCCAGUGAAAAAAACCUUGUCCAGAAAAUUGAAACAGAAUGAAUAAAUGCAUGCACUUUUUUUAAUAUAUUUACAAAUAUUCAGGUACUACACGCUCCAGAGUAGUCUUUUUGAUGUAUUUUUAUACUUUAAGAAUUCCUAUCAAUGCCUUCACUGGGGAACCGAGUCAUUUUAAUUGGUUUGAUCUCUGUCGUCAUGUCAUGUGUUAGUUUGAUGAAGCUCAACUAUAUGACUAUUCAAAUGGUGGAAGCGCUGUUAUUAACUGCAAUCUCAUAAAGGUCAGAAUAUUGUGUGAAACUGCUGCGUGAGUCUUUCGAGAGUGUUGUUCGGAUGCAUCAGUCGGAAAUGAGAUGCAAAAAACCUGCCAAUUUGGAGACAAAUACAAGCUUGAUUCUUACGCUGUCAAUCAAUAUGAGGAACUGAUAAAAAAUAAAUAAAAUAAAUCUUGCGAAUUGAUUUUUACUUUCCACAGGAGGUUCAUGCAAAUGAGGCUAUUAUGCUACUGUUGGUUACAAUGAACAAAGCAUCUGCUGAAGGAACACAGGAUUUGCUGUUUGUUACAUCUGAAAUGGCAUAGUUCAAUUUUACUCAUACUAUUUAUAAUUUCAUGCAUAACGUUAUAAAAGAUAAAUGCUAUUUCAAAAUUAUAUUUUAUAUAUAAUAUAAAUUGAAGUAAAGAGAGAGAGAGAGAGAGAUGAUUUCUGAAGGAUCACAAUGUUGCCACUGGAUGAAUACAUUACUUACUAAAAAAAUAGUAAACAGUAGUUUUAAAUUGUAAUAUUUGACAAUUACAAUCACAAUUUGUACUUACUGUGUGCAGAUUUGGUGAACUUAAUAGGCUUUUUGAAAAUAUAAAAAUGUGAUAUGCGUUAUGUUUCAAGUGGUGUAUUACCUUACUAUUUAUACUAUAUUUAUACUAUGUGCGUUAUGCACAUUUUUGUGUGCAAAAUAUGCAGCACUGAGCAAAAUACACAAUAUGCUUGCUAUGACUUUCAUGUGUGAUGAAUGAACUGUAAGUAAAAUCUCUAUGACUUUCAA